CUGGCCCUGCCCUCCGAAACUUUCUUAGCUCGGGUCCCAGACCGCAUUGUCCCAUUUGACCCAGGAGCUGUGCCCCUGAAAGGAGUGGGAUGUAAUCAGGAAAUCGUUGAGUUGGGUAACAAUCGGAAUACUGUUAAACAUUUUGCUUUCAUUCGCUGCCGGCUGUCAAGUUCAUUAGCUUAGAAAGCAUCAGAUCUGCGAUUAUAGCUCUGAUUUUCCCAGGUUUGAAAAACUAGCCCUGCUAUCUUGGAGAGGUCCAGCCUGUGCUGCUCUCUCACCUAUGAAGAAAAGACGGCACAUUUAAUUACACUAUAAUCUUAAUUUUUUUUACCUGCAAGAAAACAAAAUCAAGUUCAGGUAGCCCCUGACCAUCACUAUUAUGGCCAAGGUAGAUUGUAGCCACCCGUAAAGACCAAAAAAGUAUUAAUACAAAAGAGUAUUAAUAAUAAGGACCCUCUGAAAACUUUUUAUCAAAGUAAUACAUGAACAAUAUUUUAAAAUCAAAUGAUAGAGAAAGGAAGGCUUAUAAUGAAAAGGAAUUUCCCUUCCUUAUCCUUUCCCAAUCCCAGUCUCUUUCCUCUGAGGCAACUACCUUUAACCAAUAAUAAUAAUAAUCUCUCAAUGCUCAUCUCUUCUUGAUACAAUUUGAUUUUUUUAAUUUCCCCCUUCACCUUCCUUAUUACAGUGUCUCCCAGCACUUGAUUAUAAAUUUUUUCUAAAAGUCAUGGUUAUCACCUAAUGUAUAAGUGUUAUAAAACUAGCUUGGAUGUCUUUUUCAUGAAUAAAUUCUAGCUAAUAUUUCUUAGCUGAAUUUAGUUUAGGCAUCUGUUUUUGGUGAAGUGAUUAGAGUUUCUAACACUGUCUUUAUGGGUCAAUUUCAAGUGUGAUUCUGAUUUCACUUUAGGGCAUGUGGGAUUUGGAAAGGAGCAGUCAAAAUUAUGAAAUUAUUAAUGCUACUUUGGAUGUUAAAUCUGUUGCACCAAACGUGAGCUGUGUGAUCUGCCUAGAGAUCAGAGCUAUAAUUUGUUUUGUUUUGUUUUACAAUGUGGUUUAAUGAGAGAUUUCAUUUACCUCAGAUGAUAUUUCUUCAUAAUGCUUGAGAGAAAUGGGUAAUGCUAUGUAACUCUGAAGCUUUGAUAAUGUGUGUGUGUGGUUUUCCUCCCAUAGGCAAUUAUUUCCAGUCAGAGAAGGAAACCAGUGCCUGGCCUUCUCACCAGCUUUCCUCCUGCCAUGAUCAAGUGCUUGUCAGUUGAAGUACAAGCCAAAUUGCGUUCUGGUUUGGCUAUAUGCUCCUUAGGCCAAUGCGUUGAGGAGCUUGCCCUCAACAGUAUUGAUGCGGAAGCAAAAUGUGUGGCUGUCAGGGUGAAUCUGGAAACCUUCCAAGUUCAAGUGAUAGACAAUGGAUUUGGGAUGGGGAGUGAUGAUGUAGACAAGGUGGGAAAUCGUUAUUUCACUAGUAAAUGCAACUCUAUACAGGACUUGGAGAACCCAAGGUUUUAUGGUUUCCGAGGGGAGGCCUUGGCAAGUAUAGCUGACAUGGCCAGUGCUGUGGAAGUUUCGUCCAAGAAAAACAGGACAAUGAAAACUUUUGUGAAACUGUUUCAGAAUGGAAAAGCCCUGAAAGCUUGUGAAGCUGACUUGACUAGACCAAGCGCUGGGACAACAGUAACAGUAUAUAACCUAUUUCAUCAGUUACCUGUGAGAAGGAAGUGCAUGGAUCCUAGACUGGAGUUUGAGAAGGUUAGGCAGAGGAUAGAGGCUCUCUCACUCAUGCACCCUUACAUUUCUUUCUCUCUGAGAAAUGAUGUUUCUGGUUCCAUGGUUCUCCAACUUCCUAAAACCAAAGACAUAUGUUCCCGAUUUUGUCAAAUUUAUGGACUGGGCAAGUCCCAAAAGUUAAGAGAAAUAAAUUUUAAAUAUAAAGAGUUUGAGCUUAGUGGCUAUAUCAGCUCUGACGCACAUUAUAAUAAGAAUAUGCAGUUUUUGUUUGUGAACAAAAGGCUAGUUUUAAGGACAAAGUUACAUAAACUCAUUGACUUUUUAUUAAGGAAAGAAAGUACUAUAUGCAAACCAAAGAAUGGCUCUGCCAGUAGGCACAUGAAUUCAAGUCCUCGACUUCGGUCUAACCCAGAACUCCAUGGGAUAUAUGUAAUCAAUAUGCAGUGCCAAUUCUGUGAGUAUGAUGUGUGCAUGGAACCAGCAAAAACUCUGAUUGAGUUUCAGAACUGGGAUACUCCUUUGGUUUGCAUUCAGGAAGGAGUAAAAAUGUUUUUAAAGAAAGAAAAAUUAUUUGUGGAAUUGUCAGGUGAGGACAUUAAGGAAUUUAGUGAAGAUAAUGAUUUUAGUUUACUUAGUGCUCCUCUUCAGAAGCAUGUGUCCUCUGAUGAGAAGGGUGACCAGGUCAGUUUCCAGGAAGCAUGUAAUAAUAUUUUGGAUUCCUAUGAAAUGUUUAAUUUGCAGUCAAAAGCUGUGAAAAGAAAAGCUACUAUAGAAAACAUAAAUACACAGAAUUCUAAGGAUUCAGAAGCUAUCAUAAAAAAGACAAAUGAUUCAUUUUUGUACACUUAUGACUCAGAUGGCCCAGGCCAUAGUAAAAAGACAGAGUCAUCUUUACAAAACAAAGAUAGCUCUUGCUCAAAAUCAGGGAUCUUAGAACAAGAAACAGCUGAAGCAUCAGAAUCAGGAGAAAAUGAGAAACAUAAAAAAUCCUGUUUGGAACUUAACUCUUCAGGAAAUCCAUAUGGAACCAGUUCAGAAAUGUUCACAAGCCCUUUUCAGACAUCUUAUCACUUUGAGGAAAAUGGAGAAGAUCUAGAAACACAGAAAGUAAGUACUACUGUUAAUGGCAUGACUGCCAACAUCCUGAAAAAUAAUAGAAUUCAGAAUCAACUAGAGAGAUUUAAAGAUGCUACUGAAAUGGGAUACCAACCUCUGCCUUAUGAGACAACGUCAUUGAGAGUACAUGGUGCUCAGAGAGAGGAUGAGAAAAGAAAAAAAGAACCUAGUAAUUGUGGAAAAAGAAACGUUUUUAGUUAUGGACAAGUUAAAUUAUGUUCCACUGGCUUUAUAACUCAUGUGGUACAAAGUGAGCAAACUAAAUUAACUGAAACAGAACAUUUAUUUAAAAAUUGUGUUCGACCUGGUCCUGCAAGUGCCAAAGAAACAUUUGGAAAUAGAACAUGGCAUUCAAUUGAGACUCCAAACAUCAAAGAUUUAACCAGCACUGUAAGUACAGAAUUUGCUCAACUGCCCAACAAAAAAUUAUGCAGAACAAAUAUAAGUUAUGGGCUAGAGAACAAACCCAUAGCAACUUAUAAAAAUUUUGCUAUUUUUCAGGAAGGUAGUAAAAAGUCACAUACAGGCUGCUUAUUACCUAACACAUCCUCUUCUUUCCCUUGGUGUAAACAUGUUUCAAAUGGUAGUAAGAAAACAGAUAAGUUGAUUGAUUCCUCCAAACCCAUAGCCCUUAAGAAGCUAAGCUUAAGUUCACAACUAGGAUCUUUAGAGAAGUUUAAGAGGCAAUAUGGGAACGUUAAAAAUCCUCUGAAUACAGAAAUGGAAAAUAAUAAUUUUGAAAUCACUACCAAUCUCAGUCCUCAAGUUGAACCUGACAGUCUGCGGAAAGAUAAGAACCACUUAGACAACUCCAAUAUUUGUAAAAUCACUACUAUGAGACGUAAUGAUUCAAAUAGUAGUUGUCAACCAGUCAGUCACAUUCUUUACUCAGAGAAGUUUCCAUUCUCCAAGGAAGAAGAUUGUUUGGAACAACAGAUGCCUUGCUUAAGAGAAAGUCCUACGACUCUGAAGGAGUUAUCUCAUUUUGACAGAAAACUUUUGGAUGUUGAGAAGUCACCUGAAUCUCUAGCCUCUAAAUUAUCCAGAAUGAAAGGUUCCGAAAGAGAGACUCCAACAGUGGAAAUGAUGAGUCAUUUUAAUGAACUUCUACAAUCAGAUUCCAAUAGGAAAGACAUUGACUUGUGCAGUGGGUUAACCCUAGAUUCUUAUAAGUUAUUUAAAAAUGAGCAUAAGAAAACAGAGAGUGGCAUCAUCCCGACGUUGGACUCUGUCACACAGGAUGAAACAUAUUCUGACAAUACAACAGAGAACUCAGUGAUACCAGAAACUCCUUUGGUAUUACCCUCUAAUAAUUGUAAGUCUUUCAGUAAAGAUUCAGAUGUUCUUAUAGCUUCAGAACAGCAGAGAGGAAGUCCUGACUCUCCCAGUAGAAUGUUAAUGAGUCACAUAGAAGAUUCCACAGUUGACCAAAAGGGAACUUGUUUUCAGAGUGAGGAAUCUAUAGCAAGAACUUGUUCUGAAGAUGAAGAGUCAAACACAUGUUCUUUGGAUUGGCAGCAGCAUUUUGAUGUAGCACUGGGAAGAAUGGUUUAUAUCAACAAAAUAACUGGACUUAGCACAUUCACUGCUCCUACUGAGGAUGUUCAGGCUGCUUGUACUAAAGACCUGACAACUGUGGCUGUGGAUGUCAUGCUUGAGAAUGAUACUGUGUAUGAUGCUGUUGGUAGUGAAUCGCUUCAGUCUUUGUUCUCAGAAUGGGACAAUCCAGUAUUUGCCCGUUAUCCAGAGGUUGCUGUUGAUGUAAGCAGUGGCCAGGCUGAGAGCUUAGCGGUUAAAAUUCACAAUAUCUUGUAUCCUUAUCGUUUCACUAAAGAAAUGAUUCAUUCGAUGCAGGUUCUCCAGCAAGUGGAUAACAAGUUUAUUGCCUGUUUAAUGAGCACUAAGACUGAAGAGAAUGGUGAGGCAGGAUGUUCAGUAUUCAUCACAACCAGCUGCAACUUCUCCUAUCCUCAAAGGAGUUUAAAAUCCAACAUUUUGGAGCUGUUUCUAUGGUUGAACUGCUGUCAAAAACAUGCUGUCAAAAAAAAUGGAAACCUGCUAGUUUUGGUGGAUCAGCAUGCUGCCCAUGAGCGUGUCCGUUUGGAGCAGCUUAUUAUUGAUUCUUAUGAGAAGCAACAGCCACAAGGCUCUGGUCGGAAAAAAUUACUGUCUUCCACUGUAAGUCCUCCACUAGAGAUAUCAGUGACAGAGGAACAAAGGAGACUCUUAUGGUGUUACCAAAACAAUCUGGAAGAUCUGGGCCUUGAAAUUACAUUUCCAGACACUAGUGAGUCUCUGGUCCUUGUAGGAAAAGUGCCACUCUGUUUUGUAGAAAGAGAAGCUAAUGAAGUUCGAAGAGGAAGAUCUACUGUGACCAAGAGUAUCGUGGAGGAAUUUAUUCGAGAACAAGUGGAGCUACUCCAGACCACAGGAGGCAUCCAAGGGACUUUGCCACUGACUGUCCAGAAGGUGCUGGCAUCCCAAGCCUGCCAUGGGGCCAUUAAGUUUAAUGAUGGCCUGAGCCUAGAGGAGAGCUGUCGCCUUAUUGAAGCUCUGUCCUGGUGCCAGCUGCCAUUCCAGUGUGCUCAUGGGAGACCUUCUAUGCUGCCGUUAGCUGACAUAGACCACUUGGAGCAGGAAAAACAGAUUAAACCCAAUCUUGCUAAACUUUGCAAAAUGGCCCAGGCCUGGCGUCUGUUUGGAAAAGCAGAAGGUUGUGAUACAAGGCAAAGCCUACAGGCUUCCAUGCCUCCUUGUGAGCCACCAUGAGAACAGAAUUGUUGAUUUAUGAGGAACCAAAGAGAUGCUGUCUGCCUCUGUGCAAAGAGCAUGAGCAGCAGGCACCCACGGUCUUGCCUGAAUCUGCCCAGUGUACCCGAGCAACCAAGCAACAUCACUCUUCCUUGAGCAGAUGCUCCUCUAGCUGAGUAGCCAGAUGGAAUCCAAACCUGGACAGUUCAUUCAUUUGCAUCCAUGGACACAGGAGGUGGCCCUAUGAUAUCUACUUUUUGUAACUUAUUUAGGGAUAAAAUUUAAUGAUUGAUUGUCUGCUUGAUUUGUUUUUGGUUUUUCUUGGGAUGGGAUGGGGGUUAUUUUGUUUUUGUUUUGCAGUUUUUCCAGCCUCAUAAUUUGCAUUGAUGUAAUUUACCUGACGCUGACCUCGCAGGGAUGGAGUCGGCCUUCCUGGGCUGCCCACAGGAGUCCCCUUCUUUUCCUCAGUCGUCUUCACUUCCCUCUGCUGCUGCUUCACAUUCCAAAUCUCUAUGCUCAAUAAAAACGUUCCCUGCAGUCUCCCAUCAGGCCUAUGGUUAGAUUAUUUUAGGGAUAAAAACUAUUGAUAAACAAAGACAAGGAUAGAAUAGAGAAAAUUUAAAGUCCUGUUCCUGGUUUUUUGUUUGUUUUAUUGCCUCUUUAAAAACUCUUUCAGAGACUGAUGUUCAUAUCCCAAACCAGUAAAAUGGGGAAAGUACUAUGAGUUUGUUUUUUAAAAUAUGCUUUUUUUGUACUUUGUAAAGUAUCUCUCUUUAUGUGAAAGCAAUUUUUCAUAUCAAAAUGCAGCAUUUAUCCUUUUAGCCUAACCAAGAUAUGUUCUCUACAUUUUUUCAGGAGAUAAGACU